UAUAACCUUCAUAUACUUUUAUUCAACAAUGUCAAAAAUAUGAGUAAACCUUCAAUAAUGUGCACUAAAGCGACAAGUGAUUUUCUAAAACACGGCAAGUUGAUAUGGAAAGACUGUAUAGUGAUACGCAUAGUACACUUUGCUUACUAAUGUAAUCUUCGAAUCAAAAUGCAGCGUUGAUUCAAGUUACACUCUUCUUUAUUAGAUAUACACUAUUUACAAUGCCUGGUCUUUAUAUGCUUGACUAUGGAGCUGGUAACGUUCGCAGCUUAGUCAAUGCUAUCAACCAUUUGGGUUUCCAAAUUACUUUUGUGAAAGACCCUUCUGAUAUUGCCCUUGCCGAUAAACUUAUUUUUCCCGGUGUAGGUGAUUUUGGAUUUGCUAUGCGUGCCUUGCGCUCAAAGGGCUAUGCUGAACCAUUAAAGGCCUAUAUUCAAUCUGGCAAGCCUUUUAUGGGUAUCUGUGUUGGUAUGCAGUCUCUCUUUGAAGGCUCUGACGAAAGUGAAGAGCUUGGUUUGGGUGUUAUUCCCGGAAAAGUAUCCAAGUUUGACAAUGCCGACAAAGCUGUACCUCACAUGGGCUGGAACCACGCUCAACUUGCCAAGUCUCAACAAAGCAACGAUAACGGACAAUCUGUUAACUACAACAUUGACGAAGAAAAAGUAUACUACUUUGUUCACUCUUAUGCUGCACGCUAUACUGAAGCAAACAAAGAUUGGGCUUUGUCUACUACACAAUACGGCAACGAAAUGUUCAUUUCUUCUGUUCAAAAAGGCAAUGUUUUUGCUACCCAGUUCCACCCUGAAAAAAGUGGUUACGCUGGUCUCAACACAAUCAAAUCAUUUUUGACAGGCACAGGCAUUGUGGACGAAAAGACAGUUAUUUACAAGACACCUACCAUGAAAGAAGCCGACACACUCACCAAGAGAAUCAUUGCUUGUUUAGAUGUACGUGCUAAUGAUCAAGGUGAUUUGGUUGUCACAAAGGGCGAUCAAUACGAUGUACGUGAAGCCAGUGGCAGUAACGAUGUGCGUAACCUCGGUAAGCCAGUCGAAUUGGCCAAGCGCUACUUUGAAGAAGGCGCUGAUGAAAUCACAUUCUUAAACAUCACAAGUUUCCGUAAUUGUCCUUUGGGUGAUACACCUAUGCUUGAAGUAUUGAAGCGUACUUCAGAAACAGUGUUUGUUCCCUUGACUAUUGGUGGUGGUAUUCGUGAUGUGACUGACCCCGAUGGCACUGUCCAUCCUGCUUUUGAAGUUGCUGGUGAAUACUUCCGCUCUGGUGCUGACAAGGUUUCUAUUGGUAGUGAUGCUGUUUACUGUGCUGAGGCUUUUAUUGCUAGUGGUGGCAAGAAGACUGGUCUUACUGCCAUUGAAACAAUCGCUGAAGCCUAUGGUUCUCAAGCUGUUGUUAUUUCUGUUGAUCCUCGUCGUGUGUACGUCAAGGAUCCUCAAGAUACCACUCACCACACAGUCAAGAACUCUCAGCCUGGACCCAAUGGUGAAGAAUACUGUUGGUAUCAAUGUACUGUAAAGGGAGGUCGUGAAGGACGUGAUUUAGAUGUCAUCCAAUUGGUCACUGCUUGUGAACAAUUGGGUGCUGGUGAAAUCUUAUUAAAUUGUAUGGAUCGUGAUGGCACCAAUUCGGGUUUUGAACACGAAUUAAUUAAUGCUGUGCGCAAUGCUGUUUCUAUUCCUGUCAUUGCCUCAAGUGGCGCUGGUUGUGUUGAACAUUUUGUGGAUGUGUUUGAAAAGACAGACGUUGAAGCUGCUUUAGCUGCAGGCAUUUUCCACCGCCAAGAAGUACCUCUUCAGUCUGUUAAAGAGUUUGUAAAGAAAGCUGGUGUUCCUGUUAGACCUAUUGAUACUACCACUUUGUAAAUAAACCAUUGUAAUCAUGAUCUCUCUCUCUUUUUUAUGAACACGCCUUUAUCUAUGCGUUCAUUAAUUGAAUUAAAAUGUUCUUUCAAGC